CAUGGCGUUUCCCCCGCCGAGGAGGAUGCCUUCAACACCCUAAACCAGCUCGAGAUGGACCUUGUGAAAUUCGUGUACCGAGUGCAGAGCCUGAAAGUCGCCAUGUCAACGGGCAACAGCCUCAACCUUCAGACCAUAGACCUGCCCUUCAGUGACCGCAAUAUUAUCGUCUAUGAGAUCCGCAAAGAAGACUCCGAGUGA